GUGGGGGAUAUAAUUAGGUCUGGUCUGGUCUUCACUGCUGACAGUGCUAGUGGUGGCCAAAAAAAGCCUGUUGGGUCUGAGGAGUGCAGGGAGGAGAGGGGGGUUUGACGUAAAGACAGCAGAAAUGGCCAGCAAAGUGGUGGACCUGUUGUAUUGGCGAGAUGUGGGAAAAACAGGACUGGUGUUCACAGGGCUGGUGGUGGGCUUAGCCUGCCUGUUUCAGCUCAGUACCAUCUCUCUUCUCUCCAACUUGGGCCUGGGCAUCAUGGCCUUUACCCUCCCUGUACGUCUGCUCUUCAAAACAAUGGACCUGGUCCGUCUUAAUGAUGGAUCUCAUCCCUUCCAGUCCUAUUUGGAUGAGGACAGCACUUUGACAGAUGAGACCACAGUUCGUGUUGUGGAGAAGAUUGUGCUCCUGAUUGCUACUUUAAUUACAGAGCUGAAGAGACUCUUCUUCAUCGACAGUAUUAUAGACUCACUGAAGUUUGUUGUGCUUCUGUACAUGUUGACCUAUGUUGGGAUAAAAGCCAAUGGUCUAACUCUUGUGAUUGCUGGAGUGAUUUGUGCUUUCUCUCUGCCUUUGGCAUACAGACUACAGCAGGGCCGAAUUGACAGGAUUAUCAGUGCAGUCCAAUCACUGGUGACAAAAACGAAGGAGAUAGUUGAGCUUGUGGUGUCAUUAGUCAAAACUCCUCCUCCUGCUCCAACUCCUGCACCUGCACCUGCUCCUAAACCCAAACUCAAGACCAAAUAAUGAGCUAAAGAUUGGAUGGAUGGAGAGAAGGACGUAAAGUCUUAUUUAUGGCUGGGAGGUAUUAUUGAUGUAGGAUGACAAGAAGUAGAAUGACAAAUUUCUUUAUGGUGCUGAGAAUGUACUGAAAAUUACUACAGUAGUUCAGCAGCUGGUCUCUAUGACUGCAAGAAAACAUGAAUCAGUAGCUUUGGAAACGAAAGUGGGAAAUUCAUGUCACCCUUGUGUAAAUGAACUGUAACUAUGGAAUUAAAGGAAUCAGUUUUAAUGGCAGGAUAUUAUGUGACUUUUAGAUUGCUUUGGGCUUAAUAUUGCAGCAUUAUCACACAUGGGUAACAUGAAGGUGCAGGUAGCAGUGCUGCUGUGCUCGUGUGUGUGUGUGUGUGUGUGUGUGUGUGUGUGUGUGUGUGUGUGUGUGUGUGUGUGUGUGUGUGUGUGUGUGUGUGUGUGUGUGUGUGU